GGAGUCCAGUCAGAAAUGCGAAAGCUUAAGCAGCUGAUGGGAAGCCAGUUGCAGAAGAUGCCGAUAGCAACCUUGGCACUGCAGAAUGCAAUGAAGAAAAUCGAGCGGGAUGUCUCCGAGAAGGACGAGCAGGCGAAUUCCACGUUGAAGCAGCCGGAGCCUGUCCAGCCACAGUCGGCGGUCAAAACCUUUGAUGGUGAAGCUCCCUCUGAGUCCUAUGUGGAGGCGCCCAUCAUAGGCCCAGGCAGGCCAGAACUGCAGCCUGGGUCGCAAGUUCAGCGGAAAGCGGCACUCGAGGAGAUGCAUCAGGAGAUUGCACAGAUGCAUGCAGCGGGCACCAGGAUCCACACCUUUUACGACUUAAAAUGCCAGCAGCUUCAGCAAUACUAUGACGAGGAGCUUCAUCGCCUUUGUGCUUCGCUGUCUUCGAACCGACAAGUCUGGGAAAAUGUCUCCGAGGGACGCGAGCGGCAGCGCCUCCUGGGCGAGGAGAUCGCCCGGUCUGCGCGGCGCUGUGAGGAUGCCAAUGGGGAGGCACGGCAGAUGAUGAAAGCCAUCGAUGAGCAUGACGAGUAUACGAAGAAGAUGUUUAACUGGAAGAGGAAAAUGCUCAAAGCACAAGGCGAUUUGCAACAUGAGAUGCGCAAAUACGAGCGAGAUGGUUUGGUGGAUGUGAGCAAGAUGGAAAGCGAGCUUGGAAAAUUAGAUGCGCAGCUGCAGCAUUUGUCCACAUCUGUUCCAGCUGACCAGCUGAUUGAGCUGAUUCAGCGGCGAAGCCGAGUGGAGCGAUUGAACAUGAAGCGCACCAUGCGUCAUGAAGGGCAUUUGCUUCACAAGGCUGCGGCCAAAGUGCAGGUCAUCCGUGCGGAGUUGGAAAAGGGGGCCCAGGAUCAGGAGGAUGAACCCUUUGCGGAGCUCUUGAUGGAAGAGUGUGAAGCUUUGUCACGACGGAUCGUGGCGUUGGACCAAGAAAACAAGGUUUUACAAGAUCAACUCCUGAAGACAGGUGACAUUGACCUUAUGGUUUACCAACCCCGUGCCGAGCGCUCGGAGUGCCGCGGCGGCACUUCCGCAGCCGGGGGUCGGAGGGCCACAAACGUGGCAGCCACCAUCACGAGCAGCUCCCGAGGCCUUCAGAGAUACCACCUUCGAGCAGGACCUGUGCUUUUCAGUGAGCUUCAUGAAGCCACCGAGAGGAACCGGCAAAGCUCGGAAGCAGAUUGA